UAUCAUGCUCAUUCUCAGUAACAAACGGGAAACUUUCCGUCACAAACACUCUAACCAAACGGGAAGCAAAUUUGCAUUCCGCACACCCGUUAGAGUCGAUGAAAGCUUCAUCGACUUUUUUUUUCGAUCAAUCAAUCUAUCAGAACAAAAUUAUAAUCACAGCAGUCCAAGAGCAACAAGUUACAACAACAGUUCUUGUUCUUUUCGUGAAAAGUGUUGAGUGUUAAACAUUAUUCGGCCGUAUCGGGGAAAUCGAUUUUUCCGGAAAGGACACCGCGGACUGUAACUAAAAAUGAUUUCCGCAUUUUACGUUAGUGAUAGCGAUAGUACUGAUAGCGAGCAGAAAGAAAAUCUGGCUGCAGAUCGCCGUAUGCUGCGUUGUAUGUUCGACCCCUUAGAACUAUCUAACCAAGCGUUUUCCCACAAUUUCCGCGUGUCAAAAGAAAUUUUUGUGGAAAUUUUAGAACAAAUAACACCAAAGUUUCCUCCUAUAAAAGGCCGCAAUGGAUUGACUGCGAAGGAAAUGUUGGCCGCUACGUUGAGGUUUCUGGCAGAAGGAAGCUAUCAACAUGGUGUGGGAACAGACUUUAGUAUUGCCAUAGCACAGCCGACAUUUUCCAAAAUGUUUGCUAAAACCCUAGUGAUCCUAGAGGAAACUUUGUGUGAAAAAUGGAUCAGUUUGGAAAUGACACCGGAAGAGCAGCAAGAGGCACGACGGCAUUUCUUUUCAAAGUCGGGUAUACCCGGGGUUGUAAUGAGUGUAGAUGGGACGCACAUAAAAAUCAUUGCUCCGGUCCAGGAUAGAGAUCAACAUUACAACAGGAAGGGGUUUUAUAGUAUAAACGUUCUCUUGGUUUGCGAUCACAAAAUGGCAAUACGUUACGUGGAUGCCAGGUUCAGCGGAGCCAAUCAUGACGCUCAUAUUUGGAGUGUUAGUGGCAUUGAUGAUUAUUUCUCGUUAAAGCAUCAAAGGGGUGAAACAAGCUAUAAAAUAUUAGGCGAUUCCGCAUACCCGUCAAAGCCAUGGUUAAUAACACCGAAACGAAAUGCAGCUCCAAAUACACCGGAUGCCUCCUAUAAUACCAGGCACGCGAAGGGAAGAGAAAUAAUCGAACGAACCAUUGGCAUGCUAAAGAAUCGAUUCCGAUGCUUGUUAGGUGCAAGACAGCUGCACUACAAACCAGAAAAGGCUGCGCAAAUUACAAAUGUUUGUUGUGCACUUCACAAUAUAUGUUUGGCAAGGAAUAUGGACAUUUUACCUGAAAACGAUGGUUCAAAUGCAGAAAUAGAGCAAUAAAUAAUUAAAAAAUUUAAAUUAAAUUUAACAACAACUUAUGCAUCAUUCAUUAAUAACUGAGAAAGCUCGAUUGGAUAUAUGUGAAUGUAGCACUGUAGCUCACGACAUGUGAUUCCACAACUGCUUUUGCACCCGACAUUCUGUCAAGCAUAAACCAACAAAGUGCUUUGAUACGGUUUUUGGUUUAAAAAAUUAGAUACGCUAAAUGAUGGAUUCUUAACCAAGGAUAGUUUGUUGAAAUAGAGCCUUCGUUCAGAAGGUUACCAGCACAAAACUGUGUUCAAACCCGAUCCUCAGAUAUUCUUGUAUUGUGAUGCAGUACCAAUUAACAAGCAAUGAUACUGUCGUAAUUAGAAAAUCAAUCAAAUUCAAUGAUGUCAGUUUUUGUUAUAAUGCAUUGUAUUCAUAUCGAUUUGUACUAUUUCUUAUUUCAUGUAAAUAAAAUAAUAAAAAUGAAAUAAAAAUAAGUUCACAUUUAGUUCCAUACAGAUGUUUCACAGCCUUGACCUAUGACUUAA